UGCUCACUGAAUGGUCAAGAAGUUAGGACACGUCAACCGCAGCUGGAUCCAGUUUCUCCUGCUCCACCACCACUACCACCGGCACCUCAAGGUUGAGAUGUUUAUAAGAAGUCGACGUAUGUCUAGAACCUGGUUAUUUCGUCUCUACAAGUUUACUCAUUAGGGUUGUUUAAGAAAUAUGAACGAGUUUAUUCCUUGGAAGACGAGGCAAUAUUGCUUUUGGAUUUAGGUAUCACUGUACUGGCCGAUGAGGGGAUCAACAAGAAUUGUAUCUAUUUCAGUAGUAGUAGUGACAAGAACACAAAUGAUAUCUUUCUCUUCAAUCUUGAGAGGCGGAAGAUGGAGCAACUACACAAAUUUGAUUGCUCGUCUCUUCAACUCUCCAGUGAUGGAUGGUUUUUACCAAGUUUCACCAAGGCAUGAUUGAUCUCAGUUAAGUUUUCCUCUUCAAUAUGCUGUUUCACUCUUAUAGUCUUAUUAUUGAUAUGAUUACAUGCUAGCGUUUCUAGUUAGUAGUUACCAUAGAAAUUCUAUAAAUUACGCGAUAGUCAUUAAAUUUAUAAACUCUAUGCAUUUAAAAAUUUCAUAUGAAUUGGGCUGUUCAAAAUAUCUCAUAGGUCGGUAAGAUAAAUAAAUUUUAGAAAACCAAUGUAUUCCUAUAGUUUAGGUUGUUAGAGAGGCAAAACGACAUUUAAUUGCUUCGAUCUGAUUGAUAACAUCUCUCUUUUUCUGUCAUGGAGAUGGAGGAGAAGCAGAAACCUGAUUCUCAUGACCAUCUCAGAGGAAAAGACACACCCGAAUCAUGGUCAGACCUUCCUCAAGAUCUCUUGAUAUCUCUCUUCGAACGUCUCAACUUUGCUAAUUUCCAACGAGUUAAAGCCGUAUGUUCGUCUUGGCACGCCUCUUCGAGACAAUGCGUCCACAUCCCCAAAAGUCAGAUCCAUUGGAUGAUUCUCUUCCCUGAAGACGACGAAAACAACAACAACAAUUAUCCAUGCACGUUGUUCAAUCCAGAGGAAAGAGACAAACGUUACAAGACACAAGAUCUUGGUUUGGAAUUUGCAAAGAGUUUUUGUAUAUCGACCUAUGGAAGCUGGCUCUUGAUGCUAUACCCUCUACGUAGUCUCUACGUUGUGAAUCUCUUUACCGACGAGAGAAUCAAUCUACCUUCCGUGGAGUCACAGGUUGGAAUGGUAAAGGUAGAGAGAACCCUAGGUGGUUAUGAGUUGCGCACUACAAGUCCCAACGAAAAGGUCUACAAAGGUAUUAGUAUACGAACCCCUGUGUUUUGGAUUGAUGAGAGAACCAAUGAUUAUGUUGUUCUAUGGGGACUUCGAGACUUGUGUGUAGUUUAUUCCAAAAAGAGAGAUACGGUCUGGACUCAACUUCCCAAAACCUCAGGCUGUGUUGACGUGGUUUACAAGGAAUCCAAGCUUUACUUCUUAAGCUUGUCUGGUUGUUUCUUAAUCUUUGAUUUGUCUGGAGAGACUCCACAACAAAUCUUUCAGUGUGCUGUUACUGUGGAAAGACUACGUUUAGGUCUUGUUGUUCCGACAAAACUUGUAGUCACGGUAACAGGAGAAGUCUUCAAGGCUGAAAAAAGGUGGAGGUCGAGGUCUGAAACCUGGUCUUUCCGGGUUAUCAAGAUUUGUUCACCAGGAUUCCUGACGAAUCACAAACUGGUUACUUCUUUGGGAGACGAGUCAAUGCUUUUGGAUCAAGGCAUCACUGUGCUCGGCAAUGAGGGAUUCAUUAGAGAUUCCAUCUAUUUCAGUGUUAAAAGAGAUAACACAAGUUCUAUCUUUGUUUUUAAUCUCAGGACAAAGAAGACGGUGCCGCUGCACAACUUUGAUUGUUCUGUAGCUCAAUUCUCUAGAGCUCGUUGGUUCUUACCAAGUUUUACCCAAAUUACAUGAUUUACCUCAACUACGUUAUGUUGAGGAAAAUUAAGUGUUUUAUAGGAUAAAGAAAAACUCUGAUUGAAAGUUAACUUUAUAACAUCAAAAAUAAAUUGAUGAUAUACCCUAAUUUCGCUUAUAGUAGGGGAAGAAAAUGUAUUUUCCUUUUCUUAUAUUUGAUGUAUAUCCUUAUA